AGGAUUAACCUCCCACUAUGUUUCCCGUGACAUUCACCUAAAAAAGGGUCACAGACGCAGGCACAGCAGCAGCAGCACUUACUCUUCGCCAUUUCACCCACAUCGUUAUCACUAUAUUUAUCUGCAAUUUUAGCUCAAGUUCUCAGCUAUCCAUGGCUACUCUCACCAAGUUCUGUGCUGCUUUAUCUAUGUUCAUCUUCUUUGCUAUAUUGCAUGGUCGAAGUUCAACUUGUGAGCCUGCAAUUUCAGCUUCUCCAGCUGUUUUACCGUAUGUAACUGCACCCAAUAUGUCCUCGUUUUUCCCUUCUCCGAGUGACCAGCGGCCUCUAAGCUCUGCGGCUCCUCCCAAUUCAGCGGCAUUUGCACCAGUGCCAAGCUCCGGCGAGUUUGUGGGGAAGAGCUCUUCCAAUUCAGCUAGGUUUCACAGUGGCAUCACCAUUUGCGGUGUUGGACUUGUUAGUUUGUUCCUUACAAGACUAAUCUCUAGCGCUGUUGUUUGAGCGUAUUACUUUAUGUAUUUUGGGUGAUAGAGAGCUUGUAAUUCCCCCCCCCCAAACUUUUCUUUGUUUUUUCUUGUGGUUGAAGUAUUUUGCAUUCAUUUGUAUGGGUUUUAGACUGGCCUUUGUAAAAUAUUUUAGGCCAAAAAACUCGCUUUUUUCGCCCCACCUUCCAUCCCUCAAUAUAGUGAUGCCAUUGAGAA